UGUAAUCAUUGACUUUACACUCAAUUAACAGCUACACACUACACAUAAUGCGGAAAAAACCCGUGUUUCCCUAUCAAGAAAGUGAAGACAGUGACAUUAGCGACGGUCAAAGCCGGAAUCAACGAAUACGAUAUGUUCUGAGAUCUCUAGUACCCAAGUUAACAAAAUUUAUUGUGUUACUCUUAGUGUGGUGUUUCUUUACAAUAGCAUUGAUUACAAAGAAACCUCAUGAGUUAGAGCAGUUCUGUGUGGCGGUGCAGCCAAACAAAUUGUACAGUAGCGAAAUAACAGAGGGAGUGCCACGAGAUGAGAUUGAGUUGACUCUCAGAGGUAGAAUCGAUGAGGAGUCGAUGGAAUAUCCCGAGUUUGCUAUGGCGAACUCAAGCUCCGUUGAUGUGUGGUUGCGGUAUGUAGAUGGAGAUUCUGGAGAGACUCUAUGGCAGAGUGAGGAAUGGAAGGUCUAUCUGCUGGAAACGGAAACCAGGAGUAUGACGGAAGCAAGUUAUUUGUUUGAAAUUUCUGAAAUAGAGUCUUCAGCUAGUGUUCUUCAGCUUGCAAUGAAGACGACCAGUAAGGACGCAGAAUCUCUCUUUAUAGAGUUGGAUAUGUCUCCGGUGGAUAGGUCUAAUGGUGUCAUUUAUGCAUUUCUAUUGCUGAUUUUCCUCUAUGUUUUAAUCAUUUGGGAUAUUACGGAUAGAACUUUUGCUGCAGUCAUUACAUCCAGUGCUGCAAUUGCAGUGCUAGCCCUAAUGGACGCCAGGCCAUCACUUCAAACUAUAGUUUCCUGGAUUGAUAUAGACACUCUGAUGCUCCUCUUCGGUAUGAUGAUUAUGGUCGGAGUUUUGUCAGAGUCUGGAAUAUUUGACUAUCUUGCCGUUGUUGCCUAUCGCCAAUCUAAAGGACAUCCCUGGCCGCUGAUAUUUUUCUUAUGCUGUUUUACUGGCAUUCUUUCGGCCUUUUUGGAUAAUGUCACAAUGGUUCUGCUCAUGGUUCCGGUGACUAUUCGUUUGUGCGAGGUAAUGCGUCUGCGGACUGUUGUAGUAUUGAUAAGCAUUGUCAUCUACUCGAAUCUCGGCGGUACUCUAACACCAGUGGGUGACCCCCCAAACGUGAUUAUAGCCACGGAUCCCUUUGUAGCUAAACAAGGAAUUAACUUUCUCAGUUUUACUGUGCACAUGCUUCCAGGAGUACUUUUCAGCAUGUUGGGGACUUUUGGCAUACUAUACCUAAUGCUGCGUAAUAGGAUACACAUGAGUGAGGGUGAUCACACAAGAAAAUCCUUAAAGGUCCUAAACAAAGAGAUGGCCAAGGUGUUUGCCACAACGGAUGUCGAGGAUCAAUUGAGGGAGGAUAUAUCAAAACGCAUUGCCGAGAUUAAGGCAGCACAGAGUAAAAAAGGUUCGGAUUCGGCAUUUUUUAGGCCAGUACCAAAUUUUAUCGACACCCUUGCUGAGCUGGAGGUGAAGCAUAGGAUAAAGAAUAUGCCUUUAUUAAUCAAAUCCUGUAUUGCCAUGGGUUUCGCCGUUCUACUCUUCUUUUUUCAUUCACUUCCUUUUUUGGAAGGCGCCAAAUUACCCUGGAGUGCAGUAUUAGCCGCCUUGUUGCUUCUUGUUUUAUCGGAUCUCAAUGAUUUUCAAAUUAUACUAGCUAAAGUGGAAUGGUCGACCUUACUCUUUUUUGCCGCUCUGUUCAUCCUAAUGGAGGCUAUCACACAUCUUGGCCUUAUCGAUUGGAUAGGAGAUAGAACCGUAUCUGUAAUACUCACAGUCAGCAGAGAGCAUCAGUUAACAGUUGCCGUUUCAUUACUUCUGUGGGUCUGUGCUAUAACUUCAGCGUUUGUUGAUAAUAUUCCGAUUACCACUAUGAUGUUGAGAUUAACCAUUGAAUUGGCCAAAAAUAAGACUCUUAAGUUACCAUUCGCUCCCCUCAUCUGGGCACUUGCCUUUGGAGCUUGUUUUGGUGGCAAUGGCACUUUGAUCGGUGCAUCGGCAAAUGUCGUUACAGCUGGUUUAGCUAGUCAACAUGGCUACAAAAUAUCUUUCAUGGAUUUCUUCAAAAUUGGUUUUCCCAUCAUGUUGUCGACUGUAUUCAUAGUCUGGAUUUAUCUCCUCUUUGCACACUCUCUGCUUUCUUGGCAUUAAAUUAAGCAAAGACUUCAUAAUCGAGGACUUAUCCAAAAUAUCUCUCAAUUCCCAAAUUACUCUAUUUUAACAAGAGAUUCCAGGAUUUGGUAUAUUGGUUCAAAUUAACAGUCGACCUAAGUAAGUUAUAAAAUUAAUUUAUUAAGGGUGCUUUAAAUUUGCUUCUGUCACUUGAAAUAAGCAUUGACUUUACACUCAA